AUGGACGGUGGAGGAAAUGUGAAAGUCGUUGUCCGAGUCAGAGCCUUUCUCAAGAGAGAGCUUGAACGUCAGGCAAAAUGUCUGGUUGAAAUGGACCCCAUAACUCAGCUCACUACCCUCUCUUCACCUGACGAGCCAGACGCAGAAGCUGCAAAACUCAAGACCCGAAAGGUCAUUGAAGAAAAGAAAUUCACUUUCGACAACUCAUUCUGGAGUCACGACACUAAUGACGAGCACUAUGCCACACAGGAGGACGUUUACAACAGCUUGGGCGAGGACUUUUUGGACCACAACUUUGAGGGUUACCACACAUGUAUCUUUGCUUAUGGCCAGACCGGUUCUGGCAAGAGUUACACCAUGAUGGGCACCCCCGAUCAUCCUGGCCUGAUUCCUCGAACCUGUGAGGAUCUUUUCGAGCGUAUUGACGCUGCUCACAGCGAGAACUCCAACGUUGCUUACAACGUCCGCGUCUCUUACUUUGAAGUAUACAACGAGCACGUUCGCGACCUUCUGGUACCACCUCAGACACAAAAGGCGCUCAACUAUCUCAAAAUUCGCGAAUCCCCCACCGAAGGCCCAUACGUCAAGGAUCUCACCGAGGUGCCCGUGCGGAACAUCAACGAGAUUCUGCGUUACAUGAAACUGGGCGAUACGUCCCGUACGGUAGCAAGCACAAAGAUGAAUGAUACCAGUAGUCGAAGUCACGCCGUCUUCACUAUCAUGCUGAAGCAGAUUCACCACGACAUGGAAACUGAUGAGACAACAGAGCGGAGCUCUCGUAUUCGAUUGGUGGAUCUGGCUGGUAGUGAGAGGGCGAAAGCCACCGAAGCAACUGGUGCACGACUGCGUGAAGGAAGUAACAUCAACAAGUCCCUGACCACUCUUGGACGUGUCAUUGCUGCCCUCGCAGACCCCAAAUCAUCCAGAGCUGGAAAACGAAGAGACGUCGUCCCGUACCGUGACUCCAUCCUCACGUGGCUUCUCAAAGACUCACUGGGCGGAAACAGCAAGACAGCCAUGAUUGCAUGCAUUGCCCCUUCGGACUACGACGAGACCCUGUCGACGUUGCGAUACGCCGACCAGGCCAAACGAAUUCGAACCAGGGCCGUGGUCAACCAGGACCACAUUUCCACAGCCGAACGAGAUGCGCAGAUUGCUGCUAUGGCGGAGGAGAUUCGAAUCUUGCAACUCUCUGUUUCCGACUCGAGGCAGCGCGAGAAGAACGCCAAGGAGGCCGAGGAGAAACUGGAGGAGUACCAAACUCAUGUCAACUCCAUGCAACGUAUGAUGGAGGAGCGUAGCAUGGUGGCCGAGAGCAAGAUCAAGAAGCUCCAGACAGAAAAUGAGGCUCUAAAGCUGCACUUGAAACUUGCUAUCGAGAGUCUCAAGAACCCCAUUCCCAUUGUUCCCGUCAAGACGGAGGGUGAGCUCGAUGAGCUUGACAAGGAAAAUGCCUCGGAGUAUGGCGAGGACGAAGACGACUACGACUCGGAGAGCACAGCAUACGGCGACGAGGACGAGUUGCAAGAGGAGAUGCACCGAUAUCUCCAGGACAUGGGCAAUCUGAGAAAGUUGAUGACGGCAGAUCUUACGAGGUUCAAGACCGAGAACGGCGCUAGGAUGCCACUGGGCACGAAAGAGUUCUAA